AUGCGCAAGCUGUUCUUGCGUCUCGCACGAUACGUUCCGUCCCCGUUUGCACCAUCUUCGAGCACUUCUACGUCAAGAACAGCACCACCGCCGAGACCUGGUUCGAAUCAGGCCCCAGACCCAACCCCUAAGCCGUCGUCAGGCACCUCCACUGCUCCGCCGCCGGCAACAGGGCAUCGAGCCGUCAAACGAGCGAACCACCCAAGCGCAUUUUUCAAUCACAAUCGCGCACACCGGUUGUACCGCGAGCACCGGUGGCACCGAUCGCUCCGGGCACAGCAUCUUCUGCGUCUCCCUCGAGUGCUUCAGAGCGCGUCUGAGGCGCACGCACAUUCCAACGCCGCGAGUGCCGAGUUACGGCGUGCUCGAUCACCCAAUUCAGGCGUCGGCACUGGCGCCCUGGGCCCGCUGCGAUUGGUAGCAAGGUCAAAAUUUCGCCUCCUGCGCCUCCGUUGGGAACCCACUGCGACUACGACUGCUGGGCCCCAGACAUUGCGGCCCGCCUCUGCUCCCCCGCUCUCAUAUCUCAACGCUCGACAUCGACUCCGAUGUCCCUCUGAGAACGCGCACUCUGAUUCUGAACCUUCCACUACUUCCGUGAACCCUACGCAUACGACUCCUACCACCCCCGCAAAGUUCAACGCACUCACGACCUCGACACUGGACCGCCUCUUCGACGCACUCCACUUCGCGAUGGAUGAACGCCAUCGUCCCCCGACCGUGACGUACGCGGAGCGGUCGCCUUCGCCCGAACCGACGCCGCUGCCGGCCGGCCACCCUUUUGCAUCCUCAAUAGCAGUGGGAUCGCGGACCCUGGUGCCGCCUUCAUUGCCGCCGCGGGCUGCCAGCCCAAGCCCUUCGGUGCUCUCGCAACGGAGCACGCGCAGUAAUCGGAGCCAGCGUCCGCCGUCACCGGACCACUACAUCCGCGAUCCUCAUCGGUUGGUCGCCUACGUUCUGCCGUUCCCGCAACCCCAGCUCAACGCCGACGUGCCCGCCCCACCACUGCGGUUUCUGAUCUACACGCCGCCGCCUCCUCCGCUGCUCCAGCCGCCUGAAGGCGAAAAAGAGAAGACGACGACGAAGGUUCAGCGCAAGUGGCAGGAGGAGGUGCGCGCGGCGCAUGAGAGCAAGGACAAGGUCGCGAGCUGGCGCGGCCUGAAGAGCCGCGUGACCAAGGGCGUCAACUGGGCCGUCCACCGGACAACGACGGCGGACCUCGACUUCCUCACGCGCAUCCCCUCAGACGGCGAGAAGUUCCGGCGUGCUGUUAAGGACAGCAAGGACAAGAAGGAUGACACGCACCCGAAGGAUUCGGCGGCGGGCUUGCUGCCGAACCCGGAGGGACUGGCGCCGCCGCGCAGCUCGCGAAGCUCGAUGGACUCGCACGUCUCUGCAACCGACGACGAGGCGGACACGACCAGCGCAACCGUCAAGCUCGAGGAGAUGGUCUUGAUUUAUCCGCCGAGCAUGGAGCAGUCACCGGAGCAGAUCCGUGAGGAGUUCGUCAACUCCCUGCUCCGAACCAAGAGCAAGGCGCAACGCGAUGCUGUCAUUGCCACCGGCCUGCUCCCCGUCAGCGCGGCGCUCGACUGGGCACUUGUGUUCGUCGGAUGGGUUUUCGGCGGAGCGCUGGAAGUCGAUGCAGUCUGGGCGGCCUCUUCCUUCCGAGGCGCCAAGAUUGCGCGCAGCGUCACGAAGCGUCUCUCCUCGUCUGUGCCUUCAGGCGACGCCUCAAGCGAGGAUUCACUCCGGCUGUCCUUCGUGCCCUCCGCCCGCGUGCUUCCAUUGCAGGCAUAUCUUGGCUGUGCCUGCGCUGAAGUGAACGCGAAGCGCUUCGCGUGGCCGCAGCAUCUCCCCAGUGAGGGUGAGGUGCUUGAGACGAUGGGCUGGGACGUCGCUGCGCACCACACGAACUGGGAGGACGAGGCGUGGGAGCGCGACCAGGUUGCGGAGGAUCUGAAGCGGACAAUGGACAAGGCCGCCAAGGCCUGGGACAAGUGGUGCUCCGCGUACGAGAAGAACCCGGAGAAGGCGAUGAAGAAGUAA